AUGGCCACCCUCUCUUCCGCUCUCCUCUUCGCCGCGCUCCUCGCGGCCGCCCAGUACGUGCUCCGCUUGCUCCACUCCUUCCUGUGGGUCUCACUCCGCCUGGAACGCCGCUUGCGGCGGCAGGGAAUCCGGUGGCCACCGCGCAGCCUGCUCUCCGGUAACGCAGCCGACUACCGCGACUUGCUAGCCGCCGCCAGGUCCGCGCCGCUCCCCUCCUUCCGCCACGAUGGCGUCGUCGCCCGCGCCACGCCGCAGUACGCGGUCUGGCCGGCGCGGCACGGGCGGCCGUUCGUGUACUGGUUCGAGCCCCGGCCGCGGCUGGUGAUCUCCGAUCCGGAGCUCGUGAAGGCCGCCAUGACCGACUCCACGGGGGCCUUUGAUAAGGCGGGCGCCGGCGGCAACAACCCGCUCGCCAGGCAGCUCAUUGGCGAGGGGCUCACUGGGCUCUCUGGGCAGACGUGGGCGCGCCACCGCCGCGUGAUUUCGCCGGCGUUUAACAUGGAGAGGGUGAAGGCUUGGAUACCAGAAAUAGCAGCUGCGGCGUCAUCUGUUCUGGAUAAAUGGGAGGCCGAAGGUGGAAGCCGCACUGAGUUUGAGAUCGAUGUCCAUAAAGCAUUCCACACUUUGAGUGCAGAUGUCAUUUCCUGUGUGGCAUUUGGAAGUAGCUACGAGGAGGGAAAACGAAAUUUUCAAUUGCAAGAGGAACAAAUGAUGCUUGCUCUUCUUGCAAUGAGGACUGUUUACAUUCCUGGCUUCAGCAAAGCUGGGAGCGAAUACAAAAUGGGAAUUGAAGAGAUAAUUCAUGAGUGCAAGACAUUUUACUUUGCUGGGAAGGAAACAACAGCGAACUUGUUCACAUGGGCAACACUUCUUCUUGCAUUGCAUCAAGAGUGGCAAGUCAAGGCCCGUGAUGAAGUUCUUAAAGUGUGCGGAAAGUAUGAGCACCCUAAUGCAGAAAACCUGAGUGAUCUCAAAAUUGUAACUAUGGUGUUAAAAGAAACCCUCAGGCUGUAUCCUCCAGCUACAUUCAUCAAUAGGACUGCCACUAGGGAUAUCAAGCUGGGUAAACUAGACAUCCCGGCUGGCACACGGCUUGACUUCCCUAUUAUUGCCAUCCAUCAUGACCAUGAUGUCUGGGGCACCGAUGCAGAGGAGUUUAAUCCAUCAAGGUUUGCCGAUGGCAAGAGCUAUCACCUAGGUGCUUACUUCCCCUUUGGGAUUGGUCCUACAAUCUGCGUUGGCCAGAAUCCUGCAAUGGUCGAGGCCAAGGUGGCACUUGCAAUGACCCUUCAGCGGUUUGCCUUUACUGUUUCGCCAUCUUAUGCUCAUGCACCAAUGCUGAUGUUAACCCUCCAACCCCAGUUCGGUGCUCAAGUUCUUGUCCGGAAGAUAUGA